AUGGCCUGCGCAACGUAUACGGCACUCGCUCCCGACGUAGAGAUCUGGUGGCGUAAUUACGUCUAUGGCCUUAAUGAAAGUCUUAUCGAGAGACUGGCCAAAGGAUGGCUGGCUGCCAGCUACAGCGACAGCGGCCUCAAAAGGAUUAGCUGGCUAGUGAGCAACGGGCGCAGGCAUCAGCCUACUGUCAGGAUUGAGCUUGUGCGCCUUCUUGAGGUGCUCUUUGAUAUGCCUUGUACUGUUGACGGCAAAGCAACACUGAGAUUUACUCUUGACGCGAAAUCCUACACGGCCACUACGCAGGUGGCGCUUGCUAUGCCAGAGCCUCUCCUAAUUGAUAUUAAAGCGUGGGCCUUUCAAUACCUGGCUUUUUUUAAGAGCUUUGGCGGCGGCGGCGGCAGAAAACCUUCGAGACGCGGCAUGAUGAUAGGGCUCAAAGGCAGGCUGCUGACCUGCCUGCGAGGCCUAGGAGCUACGAGAGCUACGAGUAACAAAGCUGUUCAUAACGACGACGAUAUACACUGGGUGUUACACGGCAGAAAAACAGUUACACCAACCCACGAACAAUAUGCCACCCCCAGCACGAGAUCCGCCGCCUUCGAAAGCUCCCGCGCACCCCACCAAAACGCUAUACCUGUAAAAAAAGACGCGAUAUUUCUCGACAACGCCCUUAUAAUUGCCAUUGAGUACACAUAG